AUGGAGCUCCCCGGGGCCGCCCUGGCUGUCCUGCUGCUCACCGCGGCCCUCUCUGCUCUUACCGGCUCUGCCAGCCUUGGUGCCAUCACCCCAGCGGACUGCUGCUUCUCCUUCGUCUCCCGGCAGAUCCCACGCAAAUUCGUGGACGACUAUUACGAGACCAGCAGCCAGUGCUCCCAGCCUGGCGUCGUCUUCAAGACCAAAAGAGGCCGGCAGGUCUGUGCCGACCCCAGUGAGGACUGGGUCCAGGAAUACAUUGCCGACCUGGAGCUGAAUCCCUGA